GUGUCGAUCAGAAGCAUCGUGUCUUGCGUUGAUUGCUACAAUACGGCGCGGCACGGCAGGGCACGGAACGGAACGCCUCAGUCCUUCCGAACAGGAUCCCUUUUCGGUAUUCAACACCGUACUACCGUGCAAGAGCACUUCAACGCCAACCAGAGGGACACUCAGAGAGAGAGAGAGAGAGACAGGUAGGAAUAGAGAGACAUCGAAUCGAACGCUGGGUCUCGCUCGAUUCAACCGAAUUGGAUUCGAUACAGUGCAGCAGGAGGAAUCUGAACAGAAUCCAAUCGAAUCCAAUCCUAUCCAAACCUAUCGAACUUGAUUCGCAUUCGCAUUCGCAUUCGGCACCGUGAACGAUCGAUUCGAUUCGAUUCGAUUCGUUUUAGCCGGCUGUGGUUCGCUGUGGAUACAGGCAACAAAGACAAAAGAACAACAAAGAACAACAAACAACAAAAACAACAAACGGCACCGCCGAACCGCAGAGCGGAACGGAACGGGAUAGUUGUCGGGACCGAAGCCUGCGAGGCAUCCACGACACCGCGUUGCAGCCGAACCCAGCUCUGCCAGGAUGGGAAAGCGACCACGGACGACACCGCACUACAUCACCGGGAUCGGCGACGGCGACGUCCACGACGGCACCCCGAACGACGACGGUUCCCGUUUGCGGGGCAGCAACAAUGGCAACAAUGGUAACAAUGGCAACAACCACAAAAACAAACACAAAAACAGCCACCACAACAGCGGAAGCAACGGCAACCACGCCCACGGGCACGCCUACCACGGGCGGCAGGACCUCCGGCACCACCGGGAAAAGCACGACCCGGAGCAGCUGGCGGCCCGGGAAGAGAUCCUGCACCGCAUCGAGGACCCCCUGCUGGCGAGGGACGCGGCGGCGGUCGCGCUGAACCUGGACCUGAACCUGGACCCGGGCACGUUGGCGCCGGGGGAGCUGGGCCUGGGCCCGGAUGCGGGCGCAGCGAAAACCGCGAUGAACGAGAUGGACGCCUCCGGCCAGUGGCAGGCCUCCUCCCUCGUCUUUUACGGCCUGGGGGUCGUGGUGGUGGUGGGCAUCGCCCUGCACUUUGUCGCCGAGUUUUCCUCCGUGGGGAGGAUCAUGAUGAUCCGGCACGACCACUGCAACGGGAAGGGAAGGACCAAGAGCGGCCGCCACGGGAGCCAGUCCCGGCCCUACCAGUACCGGAGGCGCCAGAGGCAGCGGAGGAUCCAGAAGCUCCGGAAGAAAAAGACGGACGAGUGGAGCGACGACGAGGAGCCCAUCCAGGACGGGGCGGGCCUCUUCUCGAUGGGGAACCACCAACACCAACACCACCACACCGGAAGCAGCAGCAAAACCGGCAAUAGCAGCGGCGACGGCAACGCCAACGGCGACUACGACUACGGAUCCCCCCAGUACCGCCCCUAUCCCUUCGACUACGACCCUCACAACGGAUACGGGUACGGAUACGACUACGACUACGAGCACGACUACGACUACGACCGCCAACACAAGAGCGGGAGCGGGAGCAACAACAGCGGGAGCAACCAUCCAAUCCACGGCCACACCCACGGCACGGGAACCGCAAGCUCGUCGGUCUACCACUCGAACGAGUACUACCGGGAGCCCGAUUCCCACCUGGCGGGGCAGGACCUCAGCCACCGCAGGACGGGGGCGGCGGGGAGGGACCCCCAGCCGCAGCACUACGACUACUACGCGGGUGCGGGUGCGGGUGCUGCCACUACGGGUGCUGCCACUACGAGUGCUGCCACAACGGGUGCUGCCACAACGGGUGCUGCCACCACCGCGGGUGCCAGCGCCGGCGCGAGGGCCCAGGGCGCGGCGGGGGUCGUCCCGACCUACAAGUUCCCCGCGCGGAAAAAGCACCCCCAGCGGGGGGUGAGCCCCAUGAGCUCGUACAGCAGCGUGGGCAGCGGUGCAAGGCCGCGGGCCGCGACGCCCGGCAGGGGGACCGGGACCCACCCGCUGUCGCAGCCCAGGCUCCGGACCCCCUCCCACACCCCGGACCGGUUUGCCUCGGGAACGGGGUGGCAGCACCUGCCGCGGCCGCAGAAGGGGGCCACCGCGCUGGAUCCAAUGGUCCUCCUCGCACCCGCCGAGGCAAGCCGUUCGAAGCGGACCACCGAGCUCGGGGCCAGCCGCCUCCCGGCGGACCCCGCGUCCCGGUUCUCGUCCUUUGCCUCGAUCGCAGACGCCGGGCGUCUCUCGGGCGACAGCGGCAACGACAACGAAAAGGACAACGAAAACGCCGACGCCGACACGAAGGGCCACCGGGGGGAGCACCACCGCCACGGCAGCGGCGAGGGGCACCAAGAAGCGUCUUCCGCGUCCGAGGCCUGGUCCAGCCGGUCCUUUUCCUCCCACCACUCGCCGGUGCUCCCGAAAUCCGUCCUCGGGGAUUCCAUCGCCUCCGCUGCCCUGCACCAGAAAUCCCUAAUGCUGACGCCGGGGAACUCCGACUUCCAGGAGACCCCCCUCAUCGGGAACGUCCGAAAGACGAUCGCCAUCUGCGACGGCUCCGAGCCGAGCCUGGAGCUGGCCGCCCUGAUGCCCAUGGCCCCGGAGGUCGCCGAUUCUUGCGCCGGAAGCAAGGGCGCGGUGGAGGGGACCACCAUCCCCUUUCUGCCGCACCUGAAGGUGCCCCCCGACGGCUCUCUCGACGUUGGGCUGACCCCCCCGGUGCGCUCCGCCAGCCCCCCGCCGCGAUCGAUCCUCCUGGACGAGCUGCGGCUGGUAGAAAUGGAAACGGGAAACUCGACCCACUGGAACGACACCGAGGUCGUCGGGGAUCCCUUCGGCCUCCCCGACGACGAGGAAUCGCAGUCCCAGCCGCGCGAGGCCCCCGACUACGAGUCGAGCGCCUCGAACCGCCCGGCUUCCGGGGAAAGCACCGAUGUGUCCAUCCCGAGCGACGACCCCCGCAAGAGCAUCGUUCACAAGCGACAAAACCUCACCAUGGCAACGGAUUCGGCAAAGUCGCUCCAGUCGAGCAUAGACUUUGCCGAGCUGCAGCUCCAGGAGGUCAUCGGAGGGGGUGGCUUUGGUCAGGUCUGGAAGGCUACCUGGAGGGGGACCCCGGUGGCCGUGAAGGUGCUGACGGGAUCGGCACAGAACACCCACAUUGCAAAAGCCAUACUGGAAGAAUUCAAGGCCGAGAUCAACCUCUUGAAGGGCAUGCGCCAUCCGAACAUCUGCCUCUACAUGGGUGCCUGCAUGACUCCUCCCAACCGCGCCAUCAUCACCGAGCUUGCUGCCAACGGUUCCGUCUGGGAUUCCCUGCGGCUCCCCCUCAUGCCGCCCUACACCGCUUCCGACGGCACCCCCAACGGCUCGUGGCCGUUGAGCCUGUACCUUCCGAGCCACCACGGCGUCCCGCCGACGAGCAGCGGGAGCGUCCUCCGGGCCACGACGGAAAUCUCCGCGCCGAUCCCACCGAGGGGGACCUGGCCGUGGGAACUCGUCAAGCGGGUCAGCUGCGGCGCGGCCCGCGGCAUGGCCUACCUCCACAGCGGCCACCCGCCCGUUCUGCACCGCGACCUGAAGAGCGCCAACCUCCUGCUCGACGAGAGCUACACCACCAAGGUCUGCGACUUUGGCCUCAGCCGGCUCAAGGCCCAGGCCCGCAGCAUGACCGCGAACUGCGGGACGGUCCAGUGGAUGGCCCCCGAGGUCCUCGCCAACCGGAGCUACGACGAGCGGGCCGACGUCUACAGCUUUGGGAUCAUCGUCUGGGAGCUCUUGUCGAGGGAAUGCCCCUACGAGGGAAUGACGGCGAUCCAGUGCGCCCUUGCCGUCCUGAACCGGGACAAGCGGCCGGAGAUCCCAAAGUGGUGCCCGCCCGGCCUGCACGCGCUCAUCAAGUCGUGCACCAAGAAAGACCCGUCCGAGCGGCCAUCAUUUGCGGAAAUCAUCGCUGCCCUGGACGCCAUGGGGUGAAUGGGACGAGACGAAACGAAUCGAAACGAAACGAAGUUGUUUGGUUGAAGAUGGUUUCGGGGAGCCUUUCAAUAGACUAAGAAUAAUUGC